GUGAAAUGCGAGAGACCACAUAUUUCUAGGCAUCCGUGGUUUCCACUUUGCACGAGCACAUCGUACUGCUCUGUCUUGAGGCAAACGGAAAGCAUGGCGACGGAGCAUAGCGUCAACGUGCAAAGCCUAAUACCCUCAACAACACCGUCGCGAACCCAAACCGGCGAUGGCCACACCCUUGACAAUACAGGCUACUGCCUCUUGUCCCUAGAUGGUGGUGGUGUCCGUGGCCUUUCGACUCUAUACAUUGUGCAAAACAUCAUGGACCGGCUGAACUAUAUGCGCGAAGAGGCAGGACUGCAACCUAGGAAACCGUGCGAGAUUUUCGAUUUGAUCGGCGGAACAAGCACGGGGGGUCUAAUCGCCAUCAUGCUGGGCCGUCUCGAAAUGACCGUUGAGGAAUGCAUAGAAGCAUAUACGAAAAUGAUGAAACACAUUUUUGCGCAGAAGAAAAACCGCUCUUUCAUCAGUAUCUUUGGCGGUGUAAAGGCGCGGUUUUCCUCAGAGGCACUCGCAGACGCAAUUUCUCAGGUCCUCAAAGGACGGGGAAUCUCCAUCAACGAGAAGUUUGAGAAUGGAGUAAAGCCACGAUGUAAAGUCUUCGUCUGCACAAAGUUCCAAAAAACGAACACGAUAACUCGCCUCCGCAGUUAUCGCAUCCCCGCAGGCACCGAUCGCCGCCCCACCAUCCUUGAAGCCGCGCUCGCGACCUCCGCCGCACCAACCUACUUCUCCGACGUUGCCAUCGAAGGCAGCAAGUUCGUUGACGGCGCACUCGGGGCGAACAACCCCGCCGUGGAAGUCGAAGAGGAGGCCUCCGAUCUCUGGUGCGAAGAGACAGGCCAUCUGCAGCCUCUAGUCAAAUGCUUUAUCUCGAUUGGCACCGGGCACCCCGGAAUACGGAGUGUUUCCGACAAAGGGCUAAAGAACCUUUUAGAAACGCUGCAGAAGGAGGCGACGGAGACAGAGAGCACCAAUCAGCAGUUCCUGGGUCGCUGGCGGGACCAUGUGGAGAAGGACCGCUGUUUUCGGUUCAAUGUCGACCAUGGGCUUGAAAAUGUGAGGUUAGCAGAGUUCGAAGAGGAGGAUCUGAUUCGAGCGGCGACGUCUACAUAUUUGAAGGAGCGGGUUACGAAAGGAAAGUUGAGGGUGUGUGUAGAGAAUUUAAGGAUGAAGGAGUGUAUGUAUGGCGCGUAG